AAAUCUGUGUUUUUUAAAUCGGGACAAAGCGAUACAAAAGGUGACUGAGAGUUACAAAGCGUGCGCUCAGGUUAACCCGAGAAGGACCAUGAUUGGACAAGGAGUUCAUCCUAGGGGACACCGUCCCGACAUCCAUUGAGAAAUUGGUUUUACUAAAAUUAAACCAGGUACAUAUGGAUACAAGUAUCUCCUAGUGUUUGUAGACACCUUCUCAGGAUGGGUCGAAGCCUUCCCCACAAAGCACGAGACUACAAAAAUGGUCACCAAGAAGCUCCUCGAGGAAAUCUUUCCCAGGUAUGGCAUGCCUCAAGCGUUGGGGUCGGACAACGGGCCCGCUUUCGUCUCCCAAGUAAGUCAGUUGGUGGCCAAAUUGCUGGGGAUUGAUUGGAAAUUACAUUGUGCCUAUAGACCCCAGAGUUCAGGUCAGGUAAAACACAUGAAUAGAACAAUUAAGGAGACUUUAUCCAAACUUACGCUUGCAACUGGCUCAAAGGAUUGGGUGGCCCUCCUUCCCCUAGUUCUAUAUCGGGCCCGGAAUACCCCGGGCCCCCAUGGUCUAACUCCUUUUAAAAUAAUAUAUGAAACACCACCCCCAUUUGUCCAUUUCUUUGAUUCAAACAUUGCUGAUUUUGCUGACAGCCCUUCUCUGAGGGCCCAUUUACCGGCCCUACAGAUUGUGCAGAGAGACGUCUGGAGACCUUUGGCCGCUGCUUACCAGGACGAGCUUGAACAUCCGGUGGUGCCACACCCGUUCCAGAUUGGAGACACCGUGUGGGUGAACAGACACCAGACCAAGAAUCUCGAGCCACGGUGGAAAGGACCCUACACCGUCCUCCUGACUACCCCGACCGCCCUAAAGGUGUGAUUGGUCAGGAAUAGCCGCUGAGGCUUGCCACUGUGUGACAGCUCAUUUACAACGGAAGGUCCUAGCGUUUUGGAAAUGCCAGUACCAUAAAAUGACCACCAUGAACAGCAGCAGCACUGGAGUAGAGCCAACCAGAGGCAGAAGACAAGCUGUGUGUGUUGCAGAGGGUACUGCCAGAGAAGUGACCCAAGCACUUUGGAGGAGCCCAA